AUGCUGCAGCUCAGCCAGGUCACCACCUCGCUGCUCAUCAGCAACGCGCGGGCAGCCUGCAACGAGGACCUGCUCACGCGAGAGGGAGUCACCUUCUGCAUUAAUGUCACCAGGCAGCAGCCCUUCCCCGGCCUCCCGCAGGUCCGGGGCAUGCGUGUGCCUGUGUUCGAUGACCCGGCUGAAGACCUGUACCAGUACUUUGAGCAGUGCAGUGAUGCUAUAGAAGAGGCUGUGAGGAGUGGUGGGAAGUGCCUGGUUUACUGCAAGAACGGCCGCAGCCGAUCCGCUGCUAUCUGCACUGCUUAUCUGAUGAGACACGGAAGGCUCCCACUCAAGGAUGCGUUCGAGACUGUGAAGACUGCCAGACCAGUAGCAGAACCCAAUGCAGGAUUUUGGUCUCAGCUGCAGAGAUAUGAAGAAGAUUUGCAGAUACCAAAGCAGUCUGACCACGUGAGCAAAGGGCUUAAAAAUAGCAGCAUGUGAAAUGUUUUAAAGAGAAUU